AUGGCCACCGCGGCUUCCAAUCCUUAUCUGCCCAGCAAUAGCAUCUUAUCAUCCGGAUCCAUCGUGCACUCUGACUCGGGAGGAGGGGGCAUGCAGCCGGGCAGCGCUGCGGUUACGUCGGGCUCUGGGGGCUACAGGGGAGACCCCUCAGUCAAGAUGGUGCAGAGUGACUUUAUGCAGGGCGCUAUGGCAGCGAGUAACGGAGGACACAUGCUGAGCCAUGCCCACCAAUGGGUGACUUCUCUGCCGCACGCCGCCGCUGCGGCUGCGGCUGCCGCGGUGGCCGCAGCCGAGGCGGGCUCUCCCUGGUCGUCCAGUCCCGUGGGGAUGACCGGCAGCCCGCAGCAGCAGGACGUGAAGGGCUCCAGCAGAGACGACCUGCACACGGGCACCGCGCUGCACCACAGGCCGCCGCACCUCGCCCCUCACCAGACACACGCCGGGGCGUGGGGCAGCACCACAGCCGCGCACAUUAACUCCAUCUCCGGCGGGCAACAGCAGCAGCAGUCGCUCAUUUACUCGCAGCCGGGGGGCUUCACUGUGAACGGCAUGCUGAGCCCGGGCAGCCAGAGCCUCGUGCACCCGGGCUUAGUGCGCGGGGACACCCCGGACCUGGAGCACGCGCACCAUCAUCACCACCACCACCAGCACGCGCACCACGCGCACCACGGCCACAACAGCCACGAGCCGCACUCGGACGACGACACGCCGACGUCGGACGACCUGGAGCAGUUCGCCAAACAGUUCAAGCAGCGGCGGAUCAAGCUGGGCUUCACGCAGGCGGACGUAGGGCUCGCGCUGGGCACGCUCUACGGGAACGUGUUCUCUCAGACCACCAUCUGCAGGUUCGAGGCGCUGCAGCUCAGCUUCAAGAACAUGUGCAAGCUCAAGCCGCUGCUGAACAAGUGGCUGGAAGAGGCCGACUCGUCCACGGGCAGCCCCACCAGCAUCGACAAGAUCGCGGCGCAGGGCCGCAAGAGGAAGAAGCGCACGUCCAUCGAGGUGAGCGUCAAAGGGGCUCUGGAGAGCCACUUCCUCAAGUGCCCCAAGCCCUCCGCGCAGGAGAUCAGCUCACUGGCCGACAACCUGCAGCUGGAGAAGGAGGUGGUCCGAGUGUGGUUUUGCAACAGGAGGCAGAAGGAGAAGCGGAUGACGCCCCCGGGAGUGGGAGCGCAGACACCGGAGGAUGUGUACUCUCAGGUCGGCAAUGGGCAUUUUUUAGUAGAUUACUUAAAAGAUGCAAGUGAGGCGAGCGACCAGAGGGUGACUACCACAAGUUCAUUCCACCAGGUAAUUUUGGCGCAUUAA